UCGAUAAUUAUUUUAUUUUUCAGACCUAAAUAGUGAAAAGUAUAUAAAAAAAUGAUAGUUACAAUAAAAACUUUGCAUCAGCAGACUUUUACCAUUGAGAUUGAUGAGAAGCAAACAGUCAAAACUUUGAAAGAGAAGAUUGAAAAUGAGAAAGGAAAGGAGGCGUAUCCUAUCGACGGACAGAAGUUAAUUUAUGCUGGUAAAAUGUUAGAUGAUGAAAAAACCUUGGCAGAAUAUAAUAUCGUUGAAAAAAAUUUCAUUGUUGCUAUGGUUUCUAAACCCAAACCAGCUCAAACGACAUGUUCCGCUCCAGCUCAGUCCGCAACUACCACACAAGCGGCCGAUGCCCCAACAACUACUCCUGAGCAGCCUAGCACAACAGAAGAUACAAAACCAAAAGAGGAUGAAAAACCUCCAGAACAAAUGGAUACAAGUUCAUCUACCACACCCGCAACUUCGAGUGCUGCUGCAACUGGAUCUGAGAUAGCAUCAGCUGCCGCAUCUGCCCUUUUAACUGGUGAUGCCUAUGAACAGAAUAUCACUAACAUUGUCAGCAUGGGAUUUGCAAGAGAUGAUGUGGUAGCUGCUCUUCGGGCAAGUUUCAAUAAUCCUGACAGGGCUGUAGAAUAUUUGACAACAGGAAUUCCUUCAAAUCUUCAGACGCCACAACCUGCUGCGGGUGGAGAAACGGCAGUUGCAGCUGCGGGUUCCGAAGAAACUCCUGCCGCAACCAACCCACCAGCAAGUUCUGAAGAUCCUUUCGAAUUCUUACGUAAUCAACCAGAGUUUCAGAGAAUGUGUCAAGCUUUGAGAGAAAAUCCUUCAUAUCUGCAAAUUUUUAUGCAGGAAUUGCGAAAUUCAAAUCCACAAUUAUUGGAGCAGAUUAGUCGUAAUCAAGCUGCUUUUAUUCAGCUCAUCAAUAGCACAGAAGGUCAGGCUGCAGGGAGCACUGAGCAGCCUGCGGAAGGGGGUGGAGCUGGGGGGACUGGCCCUCCACCAGGCACCCAAUACAUUCAGAUUUCGUCAGAAGAUAAAGCGGCAGUGGAUAGGUUAAAAGCGCUCGGAUUUCCAGAAGAAGACGCUCUACAAUUUUAUAUGGCGUGUGAUAAAAAUGAAACCCUGGCUGCCAAUUUACUUUUUGAAAAUAUGGAAAAUAACGGUGACUGAAAUUCAUGUAAAAAUUAAUUUGUAUUGAACAUUUGUUUCUUUCGGAGUUUUAUUUGUUUUCAGCCUGGGUAGAUAAAGUUGGCCAUGACACCAAGCGAAUCAUCAGGAUCAGGACUUAUCCUAGGAAAUAUCACAUCUAUGCCAGAGGGACAGUUUUCGAUUUUUGGUGUGGCUUAUUGGAACUGUCAGUAAACUUAAUUUGCCAUUUGAAAAAUGUUUCAUAUUCGCAUUUAUAUGUUAUGUAUGAUCAAUUAGGUAUUUUGUAUGCUGAUUGUCUCACACAAGAGAUUAUUUUUAUAUAUCAGUAAUUUUGCAACAUAAAUUUGUCAAAUAUUUUGGAUUGUUAUGAAGGUGAAAAAAAAAUCAAAUUACUGGUUGGUAAUGAUUGAAUAAAUUGUUAAAUUUUUGUAAUUGUAAUUUUUGUAUCGCUCAAACACCAAUAUUCAACUGAUAUAGUGCAUGAAUAUAUAUAUACUAAUCAAAUAACUGAAUAAAAUUGUCCAAUCUUUUUGAUAUUGGCUAUGAAUAUAACAAAAGCACACACUCAAUUACCUCAAGGCCGAGCAUAGAUUCCUACUAUAAAAAAUAGUUAUUCGAUGCAGUUGUCCUGUCCCCAACUGCACUACCUGGAAAUACAGCUGAUAGUACCCCAGAAA